AUGGGCAACUGCUUCGGCAAACAGAAAUCCGACAACUUCUCGGGCGCAGGCCAAACCCUCGGCGCAACCCAACCCGCAAAGCCCGUGGUCUCAGCAUCGCAACCACAAAAGCCCAUUUCUGCUUCUUACUCGCCAACGCCCAAACAAGGACGUACGGUGGGUGGAGGUAGCGCAUCGCCGAGUAGUGAUCCGCGGGCUGCUGCUGCUUUGGCUGCUGAGCCAGCAAAAGGAAAAUUGGGCAAGCAAUUGGAGGCACAAAAGGCACAGACACAUAACGCGACUAUGAAUGAAGCGAGCAGAGAGGCGCUGUUGGCUAGAAACGCAGACGCCAAUGCUGAGACCAGGGCAUACAAUUGA